AUGGCACCUUCCUUGGAUGCAAGGCAAGACGUGGUGAUUGUGGAGGUUCCAAGGUUGGGAAAAGAGGCUGCAACAAAGGCAAUAAAAGAAUGGGGUCAACCCAAGUCAAAGAUCACCCAUCUCAUAUUUUGCACAACUAGUGGUGUGGACAUGCCUGGUGCUGAUUAUCAGCUCACAAAGCUACUGGGACUUUGUCCCUCAGUCAAGCGUUACAUGAUGUACCAACAAGGAUGUUUUGCUGGUGGCACCGUGCUUCGUUUGGCCAAAGACUUGGCUGAAAACAACAAGGGUGCUCGUGUGCUUGUGGUUUGUUCAGAGAUCACUACAGUCACAUUCCGUGGCCCAAGUGACACCCAUCUUGAUGGCCUUGUGGGUCAAGCCUUGUUUGGAGAUGGUGCAGCUGCAGUCGUCGUUGCAUCAGACCCUUUGCCUGUUGAAAACCCUUUGUUUCACCUUGUCUGGACUGCCCAAACAAUCCUUCCAGACAGUGAAGGGGCCAUUGAUGGCCACCUUCGCCAAGUUGGACUCACUUUCCAUCUCCUCAAGGAUGUUCCCGGACUCAUCUCAAAGAACAUCGAGAAGGCCUUGCUUGAAGCCUUCCAACCCUUGGGAAUCUCUGAUUACUACUCUAUCUUCUGGAUUGCACACCCUGGUGGACCAGCAAUUCUAGACCAAGUUAUAUAG